AUGGAUGCAACACCAAAUCCAAAUGCAAAGUUGAGUAAAAGCCAGUUAGAGGAGCUUAAACAAUCCGCAAUUGUGGGUGAUACUACAUUCUUUGACUCUCUCACAAAACUACAACUUUUGAAGGCUAUCGAACACCGAGACGAAACUGGACUCUCUCUCCUCCACGUGGCCGCUACCAACGGUCAGUUUGAGGUGGUGAGAAUUCUAGCUGAGAAUGAUUCAAAGAAGAGUUCGAUCAAUGACAUGGAGAAACAGGGUCGUACUCCCAUUCAUUUCGCUUCCAAAUGUGGCAGUGUUCAAUCUGUUCUUUUACUAAUCAUCCAUGGAGCUGAUAUUGACAUGGCAGAUAUUGAUGGUAAAACUGCUCUUCACUAUGCUGCUGGUAAUGGAUGGGAAAGAAUUGCUAUGUUGUUGAUUUUGUGUUCUGCAAACGUCAAUGCUAAGGACAAGCUUGGAAACACGCCAUUGCAUCAUGCAGCUAGCAUAGGAAGCUUAGAGCUGUGUGAAUUGUUCCUGGAAAAUGGAGCUGAGAUCGAUGCCGUUGACAUAUGUAAGCUAACGCCUUUGAUCAAUGCUGCCAUAUAUGCACAUAAAGAGGUUGAAGCUUUUUUAAUCAGAAACGGGGCAAAGUGGGAGAAACUGAAUGAAAUUGAAGAAGGUAGUAAGACGAUUCUAAAGCCUUGGCCAAAGAAUCUUCAAGACGCGGUUUCUGAUGCUCUAAAAGAGAUGGCAGCAAGUUUGAGUGAAGACAAGUUUGAUGAGCUUAAGAAAUCUGCAAUUAAGGGUGAUACUACACUUUUCGACUCUCUCACAAGACUAGAACGUAUCAAGGCUACCCAACAGCGAGACGAGACUGGUCUCUCUCUCCUCCAUGUGGCCGCUACCAACGGUCACUCUGAGGUGGUGAAAAUUCUAGUUGAGAAUGAUUUGGAUAACAGUUCAAUCAAUGACAAGGACAAUCACGGUCGGACUCCUAUUCAUUUCGCUUCCAUAAGUGGCAAUGUUGAUGUUCUUCUUUUACUAAUCACUCAUGGAGCUGAUGUUAACAUGACAAAUUUUUUUGGUAAAACUGGUCUUCACUAUGCUGCUAAAAGGGGAUGGUUGCCAAUUGCUAAAACGUUGGUUCUUGUUGGUGCACAUGUCAAUGCUAGGGACAAGGCUGGAAACACACCAUUGCAUAAUGCAGCUUGCAUAGGAAACUUAGAGCUGUGUGAAUUGUUCCUUCAACAUGGAGCUGAAAUCGAUGCCGUUGACACAUCUGGGCUGACCCCUUUGAUGAUUGCUGCCAUAAGGGCAAAAAAAGAGGUUGUAGUUUUGUUAAUCAGAAGAGGGGCAAAAUGGGAGGAACUGCAUUCAGCUGAAAAAGGUUACAAGACGUUCCUAGAGUUCUGUCCAGAUCUUGAGGAUGUGUUUACUAAUACUUUAAAAGAGAUUGGUGUGAUUGUUGAUUCUUUACAAGAGAAGAGGAAGACAAUAUGACGAUUCUAGAGUUUUGUUUCAAAGGAUCUUGCAGACGCGAUUGUUCAUAGUCUAACUGUGUGAGGCGAGUUCUGCAUCAGGAAUCAGGAUGAACCUGGAAGCAUACUGCCACUGGUUUUGGUGUGCAGGACUUUAUAAACCUUGCUGCCUUCCUUUUUUUUGCUGACUAUGAACAAAAAUGUGAUCAAUUUUUGUUAGUUUCUAUACGAGAUGAAUUGUAAAUAAUGUUAGAGAUCCAAAUGCAGUUGUUAAGCUUGUAAAUCCUUUUUUGCCUUCAUAAGUCAUAACAAUGUCUGAUUAUUUUUAGCUUCGAUUUUAUUACAAAUAGUAUGACAUUAUUACCUGUGUU